AUGAGCGACAAAUUUCCAGGAGUCUACAAGAGGCCGUUCGUACGCGACUAUGAGCGUCUGCAUCGUAAAUUCACCAAAGCAGCGUGUGAGCAACUUGACGAGGAGGGUUUCGUAGUCAUUGACGACUGUUUUGGCCAUAAUUGGGCUAGUGCACUCUUCGAGGAGAUGCAGUGGCUCAAUGACAAUGGCCAUUACAAGCCUAACAAGACGCAAUUUGCACUCACUCAGAUGGAUACGGACGGAAAGUCUCAAGCAUUUCACUUUAUUAAGCCUCACAUUUUUGAGGUGGAUUUACAUGAUUCGUCGGUACGCGCAAAAGUUCCCGAGCUUGACGCAUUGUUCCACUCGACGGAGAUUCCGCAGGCUUUGGCUAAACACUUACCACAAUACGAAAUGCAGUUUAGCACUUCGGAUAGGACACUAAAAUUGCAGCGCAACGCUGGCCAUGGAGGUUGCUUCCCAUGCCAUUACGAUAAUCCUGGGGCUCCUAACAAGAGAAAAGUGACGUGUUUACUUUAUUUGAAUGAAAGCUGGAAAAAAGGCGAUGGGGGGGAAGUGCAGCUUUUUCCCUUUUUGCAACAAGCUGUGACUGUGGCACCAAAAAUGGACCGCGUCGUGCUGUUUCAAAGUGAUCAAAUGUUGCAUCGGGUUCUGCCAUCUCACGUUGAGCGUUAUGUGCUAACAAUUUGGCUGGACGGCAAGAAAGUAAACGCACCGGAAGACUCACAAUUAAGAUUGGCACCGAGUGAUUUAGCAGACUGGUUUGGCUUUCUUGAACGACUGCGUCGAUCUCCCAAGCAGAGAAUGCUGUCUCGGGGCGUUUACGAGGAGGAAUAUUAUCUGUCGUUGAUGGAGUGUAUGCAAAGUACGUCGGCCGAAGGCUGUAGAGAGCUACUUAAGUCACAUGAGACGCAUUUAGAGAAUGUUAAGCGCAAUCAUCCGUUGUACAACUUUAUUAUGCGAUUGCGGGACGUUCGAACCAUGAACCGCGAAGAUCCAGUUUAUCUGGAUUAG